UACUAUGAAAUUUUAUAUAUUGUAAAAUUUAUUAACAUCAAAUAGGCUCUAUAAUAUUAUGGAAAAUAACGUCAUUUGGUGGGACAUCUGUGGAAGAAGUUCCAAAUAUUGGGCAUUCUGGGAUGACAACAUAUCAGUAAACACAAGCAACCCUGAUCUAACCCGUUGUUUCCAAGAGACUGUCCUAGUAUGGGGACCUGCUGGGUAUUUAUGGCUGUGUCUGCCAUUCUAUAUAUACUUCCUCUGGAGGAAACCAACCGUGUUCGGCUACUCACACUUGAGCCUUCUGAACCUGUCCAAAUUGAUUCUAGGGGUCAUCUCAGUGAUAAUUGGAGUGAUGAGCCUGUUUCAGUCAGUAGCUGAUGGUGUCAAUGAGACAACCCCUGAUCCUCCAGUUGUUAUGUAUCUCAGUCCAGUCAUCAAAAUACUCACUAUGACUGCAGUUUGCACAUUAAUUCCUUAUGAGUUCAGGAAGGGGAUCCACUCGUCAGCUCUCCUAUGGUUUUUCUGGUUGCUCAGUGUCCUUUGUGGCAUCCUCCCUUUCAGGUCUUACAUACUACAAAUCAACCAGUCUUCUGUCAGUUUAUUUGAGGCCUGGUUGUACUUCCUGUACUUCUCCAUAGUGAUGUUACAGUUCUGUCUUGCGUUCAUUUCUGACACUAAAGUUUUCUCCAAUGACAGACAGCAAACAGAAAAUGAGAGGACUCCUUUAUUGAUGUCUAAACCUACUGAAUUCCAAAAAGAAUUCCAGGUAAAGGUACAAGAGGCUUGUCCACAUGAGAGAUCCACUGUGUUCUCCAAGAUUAAUUUCUGGUGGUUAACUAGUCUGAUAAAGAAGGGGUACAAAAGGACAUUGACAUUUGAUGACUUAUGGGCGAUACGGACUAUAGACAGCACGGAAACUAUAAUGGGAGAUUUCACUAGGGAGUGGAAUCGGGAACUUGUUACCUCAAACAGUCUUCCAAGAAAUAACAAUUCCAUACCAACGGGAAUCUACCAGAACGGCAACACAGAGAAGGUCAAGAUCGAUAUGAAGCCUGAAUUUGAUGGCAAAAGAAAUCAGAAUAGAGGAGAUCCUUCCCUUACCAUGGCUCUGUGGAGGUCAUGUGGUUGGGCUCUCGUAGAAGGAGGCGUUCAUAUGAUUUUCUUCUUAGCAUUUAAUCUAGGAAAACCUUUACUUUUACAGGUACUGUUAAGCUACAUGAACUCAGCCACUGAGUUCCAAUGGCAAGGUUUUCUUCUGGCUGGGGCCUUAUUUUUUGUGAGUUUCUGCGUCACAGCUUUUGUUCAGCAUGCUUUAAAUAGCUCAUACAUACUUGGCAUGAGAUUCCGCACUGCAGUCACUGCGGCUGUCUAUAGAAAGGCUCUGAGGAUCAACAGCCAGGCCCGGAAGAACACAACUGUUGGUGAGAUUGUCAACCUCAUGAGCGUUGAUGCUCAGAAACUCCAGGAUGCACCCCAGAACAUACACUGGGUAUGGGGAGGUCCACUUAUGAUUGCCCUUGUGUCUUACUUUCUCUACCAGCUCCUAGGGGUGGCUGCAUUUGCAGGUCUCGCCACUCUGGUUGUCAUAACCCCUUUCAAUACUAUCUACGUGGGCAAGAAAGUCAAGUCAUUACAAACAGAGCAAAUGAUCCAGAAAGACAAGAGAAUCAAGCUAAUGAGUGAGAUCUUGAAUGGUGUGAAAGUGUUGAAACUAUACGGCUGGGAAGAGAGCUUCCAGAAGAAGGUGACAGAAAUAAGGAACAAAGAGCUGAGCUUGAUUCGAACAGCACAAUUGCUCAAUGCUGCUACAUCUAUGACCUGGUUCUGUGGUACUUUUAUCGUUUCGCUUGUUUCUUUCACAGUAUUUCUGAAGAUCUCCGAUGAAAAUAUCCUAACAGCUGAUAGGACAUUUGUCUCUCUGUCUCUGAUUAAUCUACUAGAUUUCCCUAUGACUGUUCUACCACAGGCUGUCAUGGGAAUAGCACAGGCCAUGGUGUCAACUAAAAGAAUAAAGAAUUUUUUGCAAGAGGAAGAAAUUAAUGAUGAUAAUGUCAAAUACAACCCUUCUGCUGAGAAUGCAAUAUCUGUGCAGGGUGGCGAGUUUAGCUGGGACCUGAAAGAGGCACCCACUCUUAAAGGGAUUGAUGUUACAGUCCCUGAAGGUAGGUUGAUUGCUAUAGUAGGCCAGGUUGGUAGUGGAAAGACAUCUCUUAUAUCAGCUUUCCUUGGGGAGAUGGUGAAGCUCAAAGGAUCAGUACAACUUAAGAGCAAUAUCGCCUAUGUGCCACAGCAGGCGUGGAUCCAGUAUUCAACACUGAAGGAAAACAUCCUCUUUGCUCAAGGUUUUAAAAGGGAAAAGUACGAUAAAAUAUUAGAGGCAUGUGCCCUUUUACCUGACCUUGAGAUUCUACCUGGUGGUGACAACAUAGAAAUAGGUGAAAAAGGUAUCAACUUAAGUGGAGGUCAGAAACAGAGGGUCAGUCUGGCCAGGGCUGCCUACCAGGACCUUGAUAUCUAUCUCCUUGAUGACCCCCUCAGUGCAGUUGACUCUCAUGUAGGAAAACACAUCUUUGAGAAGGUUAUAGGCCCAAAUGGAUUAUUAAAGAAUAAGACCAGGGUAUUUGUAACACAUGGGAUCAGCUACUUGCCCCAUGUAGACCAGAUUCUAGUAAUGAAUGAUGGGAGAAUAUCUGAACAAGGCUCAUACACAGAACUACUCAACAAUAAUGGUGCUUUUGCUGACUUCUUGCGUGUUUACAUUAAUGAAAAUGAGGAUGAAGAAGAUGAAGAUGCUGAUCAGUUGGCCAUGUUAAGAGAACACCUGUCCACUUCUGAGGGAUCUGGUAGUGAAACAAACCUCAGUGAUGAUGGUCUUAAGAAAAGAAAAAGGAGGAGGUCUUCAAGACGAGACUCUGCUGCAAGUGGGUUGAGUGGUUUAUCAGACAGUGAUGCUUGGAGUCUUAAGAGGCAGCUGACAUCUCAGACUGAUGGAUUGAACAAUGUACUCAUCGAGGAGGAAUCUGCAGGAAGUGGAGGGAUUGGACUGAGUAUAUUAAAGACAUACAUACAAGCUGGUGGACCAAAAACAUUCCUGGUCAUCAUUAUAACCUUAUCUUUAUACACUGCUGCCCGUGUGGGUGGGGACAUCUGGUUGAGUGCAUGGGCAGAUGAUGGGGCAGUGAAUGGGACGCAGGAUGUAGCUAAGACGGACUUCAGGCUGGGGGUGUAUGGAGCAUUUGGAGCUGGGCAAGUGUUAUCUGUGAUAAUUGAGUCUGUUGGGGUCGCAUUAGCAAGUGUCUCAGCCUCUAAAGUUCUGCAUGACAUACUCCUAGAGAGCACAUUCCACAAUCCAAUGUCAUUCUUCGAUACAACGCCUCUUGGGAGAAUCAUGAAUAGGUUCUCGAAGGAUGUGGACACGAUUGAUGUGAAUGUACCACUGAUGCUUCAGGCAUGGCUACAGUCUUUGGCUCCAGUAUUUGCAACCAUAGUAGCCAUAUGCUACAGUACGCCAAUAUUUAUUGUUGUUGCUAUUCCACUAUUUAUUCUGUUUAUUCUUCUCCAGAGGGUCUACAUUGUCUCAGGGAGACAACUUAAGAGAAUUGAUGCAGUACAACGUUCACCAAUCUACUCUCAUUUUGGCGAAUCCCUUUUGGGGACAUCCAGUAUUCGAGCAUUUAGACAACAAAAGAGAUUCAUCGCUCAUUCUGAUCAGCUAUUGGAUAACAGUCAAGCAGCAUGGUUCCCAGUUCUCACGUCAUACAGAUGGAUAGGGGUCUACUUAGAGAUACUUGGCCACAUUACUGUGUUCUUUGCAGCCUUAUUUGCAGUUUUACAAAAGGAUACAAUUAGUGCAUCGUUGGCAGGAUUAUCGUUGACAUACGCAUUGAGGGUGACCCUGUAUAUGAUUCUCAUGCUGAGAUCCCAGAGUGAGUUAGAGACAUAUAUUGUCAGUGUAGAGAGGAUCAAGGAAUAUGCAGAUACACCUAAUGAGGCCCCAUGGUUUAGAGAUGAGGUGUCUGUGCACUCUGGGUGGCCUAAUGCGGGAGCAGUAAGAUUCAAGGACUAUGAGACGAGAUACAGACCUGGCCUAGACCUUGUUUUAAAAGGUGUUAACUUUGAGAUUAAACCAGGAGAAAAGGUUGGAAUAGUAGGUAGAACAGGUGCGGGUAAAUCCUCUCUUACGCUGGCUCUCUUCCGGCUAAUAGAGGGCACUGCUGGUGGAAUCUUUAUAGAUGGUGUCAGUAUACAUGACCUGGGCCUCCAUCAGCUCAGGUGUAAACUCACAAUCAUACCUCAGGACCCUGUAGUGUUCUCAGGCACUCUGAGAAUGAACAUAGACCCAGCAGAAGAGUAUUCAGACCCAGAAAUAUGGUCAGCUGUAGAGAAUGCUCAUCUUAAAGACUACGCUACAAGUUUAUCUAAAGGUUUAGACCAUGAGUGUGGAGAGGAAGGUCAAAACUUAAGUAUUGGCCAGAGACAACUACUGUGCUUAGCUAGAGCUCUUUUGAGAAGGUCAAAGAUCUUAGUCCUUGAUGAAGCUACGUCAGCGUGUGACCUUGAGACUGAUGACCUCAUACAGAAUACCAUCCGUGUGCAAUUCAAACACUCCACAGUCCUCACAAUUGCUCAUAGGCUCAAUACCAUAAUGGAUUAUGAUAGGGUAAUGGUAUUAGAAGCAGGAAAAGUGAAGGAGUUUGACAGUCCCCAUGAUCUUCUUCAAAAGAAACGAUCUUUAUUCUUCAGCAUGGCAAGAGAUGCAGGACUUGUUUAAUGAUAUAGGACUUGUAUUAUGUGGCACUUGUA